UGAGGACAGUGAACGCAGCACCACAUUUUUGACAAGACCGUCAACAAAGUUGUCUCCAUGUUCUCCUCGCGCGCCUGUAAUGACCUGUCUGAACGAGUUGUGCAGAUAACGUGAGUCCGACGACGAGAAAAAGGAGCCGGAGGGCUUUAAUGAAGCCGGGAAUGGACAUGGAAACCUGCCUUCAGUCUGCGCUGCACAGACCCGCGGCCGAGCUGACGGUGACGGACGUGUACGACAUCGCGGCGGGACUCGGCCAGGACUUGGAGCGGAUCAUCGACCGGUUCGGGUGCGAGUCUCUGGUCGGGUUAGUGCCCAAAGUGGUCCGAGUCCUGGAGCAGCUGGAGGCGCUGGUGAGCCGCGGACAGGAGUCCGAGGAGCUGCGGAGAGAGCUGGACAGACUGCGACAGGAGCGGGACGACAGACAGGAGCAGGAGAGGAGGCACCAGACAGAGUUGGAGCAGGUGGACGAUAUGUGGAGAGGGGAGGUUAAGGACCUGAUGUCCCAAAUCAGCCACCUUCAGGCGGAGAACAACAGGCUGCUGGUGAGCGUUUCCCUCCAAGAGUCUCCCAUCACAGAGGAAGACUCGCAGAAACAGGAGGGUAUGUGGGAGAAGGAAAGGCAGGCGAUGAAGAAGUUGAAGGACAUAGUGGAUAAGCAGAGAGGUGAAAUCCGAGCUAAAGACCAUCAGCUGACAUUACGAAAUGAGGACAUUGAGGCGCUCCAGAUGCAGCAGCAGCGGCUGAUAAGAAUCAACCAGGACCUUCGGCGUCGGAUCGGUGCAGUGGAGGCGCAGAGCAAGGCCCUGAUCCAGCGGAGGGCAGAGCUGGAGGCUGCAGCACAGCUGCAAAAUCAGGAGCUGGUGGCUCUGCAUCAGGAAGUGAGGAGGCUGAAGAAGGAGCACCAAGACUGGGAACUAGAAAGAGAGAUAACUGAGAUAGAAGAGUGCUCACUCAUCAGAUCAAGACUAUCACCAUCUGCAUCCUUACAAACAAAGUCCUUUGCAGAAACACCAGUUAAGGCCAACAAAACAAAUUCUGUGUGGGCGGAGUGUCGUGGUGACGCCGGAUUCCUGGCUAAAUGUUUUGAGCAUGAGGAGAGGCUGACUCUUCUCCCAAGGUCAGCAAAGACAGAAAAUGAACACGAGGGUGAAGAUGAAGAUGAGGACACGGCAGCGCUACUGGGAGAAACUAAGUCACCAACUGAGGAGGAGUCUGACGAGGAGGCAGACAAACCUCAUUUCACCCUGCAGGAGCUGCGGGAUGUCCUGCAGGAGAGGAAUGAACUCAAGAGCCAAGUGUUUCUGUUGCAGGAAGAGCUGGCUUACUACAAAAGUGAGGAGCUGGAGGAGGAAGCUGUUGGUACUCCACCAUCUCCUCCACUAGCUUCUGCUCCUGCUGAUCAGCCUGAAUCAGGAAUCAGACAUCUGAUCUUCACUGCCAUAAUGCCGAUGGUGGCGGCGGGUUUGAUUGCAGAUGAUCCCACAUUGCUACCGAUCAGACGAUUAAUUUCCUUGGUACAACCCUGAAUUUUAUUUUAAUGUGGUUGAUUUUAUUUCUUGUAACACCUUCUCACAGCAUAUCUGGUGUUUUUAACACCAAAUCUGCAUACUUAUAUUCAGUUAUUUAUUGUCUGCUUCAUGUUGUUAGGACAUAUUUUCCUAAAUUAAUUGAUUAUUGUGCGAUUAAGUAGAAUUAUUAUUGCUACCCAAGGCCAAAAUAUGGCCAUCAGGUAUUGUGAAGACUGUACGUCUGUCUGCCUGUCUGUACUCAGCAUAAGUCCAGUCCUAUUACGGCCAGGGUCUUCAAAUUCACAGGGAACAUUCUUGGGACACAGACCUUGGACAAGUUAAAAGAUGGCUAAUCUUGAUGUAUUCUAGGGAGUCAAAACGUCACAUUCUUUCUACACACUCUUUCAUUGAUUACAUGCUCAUAUGGCCGAGGGCAGGGUUGGGUAGGAUUACUUUGAAAUGUAAUCUACAAGUAAUCCAAAUGUAUGUACAUACAUACAUGUAAUCCACAUGUAUUCUUUCAAAGUAAUCCUACUCAACCUUGGCCGAGGGUAUUUUAGCAUUGCGUUAUAUUUUUAUUUUAUCAGUGCUAACAUACCACGGAUUGCAUCAGAAUAGCCUAUGUUCACAGAAUGAGGUGUCUCUUUUCUGAGGGCACUCUGGAUAUUGUCCAUAAGAGUGGUGGAAAUUUUUCCUUAAGGUGAUGAAAAAGUGUGGAGCAGUGUGGAGCAAGUAGCUCAGCGAACACAGCGGCCUGUGUUGAAUUUUGCAACAUUUAAGUUGACUGAGUUGCUCUCUGGAACAUUCUGAGAAUUUGCAGAAUCCCUUUACCACUGUCGCCUGUGUGCUUGCUCUAGGGGUUGGUAAGGUUAGACCUUGCUUGUGUGAUGCACCUUGAGGCAGCUUUGUUGGGAUUUGGCGCUAUAUAAAAUUAAAUAAAUUGAAGGUGAAGUUGAAAAUCCCUAACAAGCUGCUGGACAUCAUAGUCAGCCUGUACAUAAGUACUGUGAGUUUUUUCAGGAGUGGAGGCAGAGUCUCUGAUGUCUUCUCAGUGAAUUCUGACAUUCAUCAGGGAUUGUUCUGGCUCCUCCUCUGGUUCAGUGCUUGCACAGAAUGAGUGAGUAUCAGGUAGAGUUGUAGAGUUCAGCAGACUUAGGUGUCUUUGUCAGUGAGGAAACGUAUGCUGACCUUGACUUUGCAGCUGAUGCUGUUAUCACUGGAUACACUAGCUGCAGCACUUGAAAAGCUGAUUGAGGAGUCAGAGUGUCUGGGUUUAUGAUUGACCUUGAUUAAGACAGUUCUUUAGUGACUCUCUAGACUCAGCCAUCAUAAGUGCAUCUAUUUUAGUGAAAGUGUCGAAGCUGUUGAGAAAUUCACUAAUCUCAGCAGUGACAUCUAUGCCUUUGAAUUAGAAAGAUGCCUGGAAAGUGCUCAUGGAGUCAUGAGGUUGCUGGACACAUGCGUUUCUCAUUGCCGUGCCAAUACUUCUGUCAGACAUUGAAGGUCGAAUGCUUUAGGGUCCUGGUCCUUCUAGGCUGAGUGUACUAAGGUGUAAGACUUGGACACUAUCUAGUGAUGUCAGGAAAAGAUGUCUUUGGUCCAGGAUCUCUCUGGAUAAUCCUUGGGUGCGACUGAAAUUACUUCAUGUUAAAAGAACAGUUACUUGUCCAGAAUGUAAGUACUUUGGUGCCGAGGACUCCAACAACUGGAAAAGACCAAAUGGACGUCACCUGACUGACAAAUACAACCCCAAUUCCAGUAAUGUU